CCUGCCCCUGCUGUGGCCUGCUCCCUCAUCUUCCUCCCCCGAGCAGGAGGAAAGCUGCUUGCACGGUUUCUGCAGUGGUGAGCAAGAGGAGUGGGCUGUGUCCGUCGCCGUCACUAGCGGAGCACCUGGUCAGGGAGACUCAGCACUGCGUGGGGGGUACCUCCGGUUGUCUCAUUACCCUGGAGGAAGAGGGAGUCCAAAUGCCGUCUUGAUUUGCAGUCGCUGCCGUGAGCUGGAGUUCUCCAGAGGGAGCUCUGCUCUCUCCCUUCGUACCUGAAGAGAGAUCACAUGAGUAGGGGACUACUAAGACAGACCAGAAAGAGAAUCUUCACGCCUCUCUUUCUUGGAGGCUUAGUGUUUUUCAGCCGUGGGCCAAAUGUGCUGCAUCAAGACAGCACUGCACCGCAAGCUGCAUUCUUUCCACCUCUUCAAAAAGUGAUGUUGCCACCAAAUACCUUUCAAGGGAAAGUGGCCUUUAUAACUGGUGGAGGUACUGGGAUUGGCAAAGGGAUGACAACAACUUUGUCCAGUUUAGGUGCCCAGUGUGUUAUAGCAAGCCGGAAGCUUGAUGUUUUGAAAGGAACAGCAGAAGAAAUUUCUUCUAAAACAGGGAAUAAGGUUCAUGCCGUCCAAUGUGAUGUGAGAGAUCCAGUUUCAGUUAAGAAUGCUGUUGCUGAAAUAAUCCAAGUGGCAGGACAUCCUGAUGUUGUGAUAAACAACGCAGCUGGAAACUUUAUUUCUCCUUCUGAACGACUUUCUGCUAAUGCAUGGAAAACGAUAACUGAUAUUGUGCUUAAUGGUACUGCUUUUGUAACUCUGGAAAUUGGAAAGGAGCUCAUUAAAGUACAAAAAGGAGCAGCAUUCCUGGCUAUUACAACAAUUUAUGCAGAGAGUGGUUCAGGAUUUGUGGUGCCGAGCGCCUCUGCCAAAGCUGGUGUAGAAGCACUGAGCAAGUCGCUUGCAGCUGAAUGGGGUAAAUAUGGCAUGAGAUUCAAUGUGAUUCAACCAGGUCCAAUAAAAACAAAGGGUGCUUUUAGCCGCCUUGACCCAACAGGCACAUUUGAGAAGGAAUUUAUUAAGAGGAUUCCUUGUGGCCGUCUGGGAACUGUAGAAGAAAUUGCAAAUCUUGCUGCCUAUUUCUGCAGUGACUAUGCAAGCUGGGUUAAUGGAGCAGUGAUUAGAAUGGAUGGUGGAGAAUACGUUUCUAUGGCAGGAGAAUUCAAUGAUUUGAAGAAGGUUACGAAAGAGCAGUGGGAUAUGAUGGAAGCAAUGAUUAGAAAAACAAAAGGCUCUUAAAGUAUGUAACUAUGGUGGAGAUUUUUGGAAAUGAACCACUACUUCUUCAUGAAAAUUUUGAAAUAACCAAUUGAGAAAUCGCCUUCAAAAUCUUUUGUAUGCUGAUGUCAACAAAAUAUUGUUACAUUUUCAUAUUUUGAAUGUAGUAUGUAUAUUUCGUCCAGAGGAGGGCCACAAAAAUGAUCCGAG